AUGAAGUACGGUAGUGUCGAACACGUGGAUGAUCCUCGGGAGCCUCGCGCGAAGGUGAAUGUAUUCCCACAUGACAAAUGGCAGAUUCUCAAAGAUAUUGUGACCAUUUCGGUGGCCUUUAUGAUGCACUUCACGGCCUUCCAAGGCGUCGGGAAUCUCCAGUCAUCGAUAAAUGCUGAAAAUGGCUUGGGAGUGACAUCCUUGAGUGCAAUCUACGCCGCCCUGAUCAUCUCCUGCAUCUUCAUUCCCACCCUCAUGAUCAGAAAGCUCACAGCCAAGUGGACGCUGUGCGUCUCGAUGCUGUGCUACGUUCCCUACAUCGCCUUCCAGUUUUACCCGCGAUUCUACACCCUCGUUCCGGCAGGAAUCCUCCUGGGUCUCGGAGCGGCGCCUAUGUGGGCGGCCAAAGCUACUUAUCUGACGCAAGUGGGCCAAGUGUACGCCAAGAUCUCCCAUCAGGCCGUCGAGGCAAUCAUUGUGCGCUUCUUCGGCUUCUUCUUCUUUGCCUGGCAAACCGCCGAACUCUGGGGAAAUCUCAUCUCAAGUCUAGUUCUCUCCAGCGAAAAGGAGAGCAAAGAUAAUGUGACGAUUGACUUGGACAUUUGUGGUGCCAAUUUCUGCACAGCUCAUGUGAAUGAGAACCUAGAAAGGCCUCCGGAUGCUGAUAUCUACAAGAUCUCAGGAAUCUAUCUAGCCUGCAUCAUCAUAGCUGUGGCCAUAAUUGCGAUCUUCUUAGAUCCUCUGUCGCGGUACGGAGAAAACCGACGAGGAUCAGUCGCCGCCAAACCCACUCCGAUCAGGACUCUUAUGAUUGCCACGGCGAAGCAACUCAAGAAGCCUAACCAGAUCUUCCUGAUCCCCAUCACGGUGUUUAUUGGAAUGGAACAGGCCGUCUUGGCAGCGGAUUUCACACAGGCCUUUGUUUCCUGCGCCCUGGGAAUUCAUCUUAUCGGAUACGUGAUGGUGUGCUUCGGCGUGGUUGAUUCAAUCUGCUCCAUCAUCUUCGGGUCAGCAAUGAAAGUCAUCGGCAGGAUUCCAAUCAUCUUGCUGGGAUUCAUUCUGCACGGAUCUCUGCUGCUCAUGAUGCUCUUCUGGCGGCCGAAUCCCGAACAACCCAUGAUCUUCUUUGCAAUCUCUGGCCUCUGGGGCGUUGCCGAUGCUGUGUGGCAGACACAAAUCAACGGAAUGUACGGAGCACUCUUCAGGCGAAACAAGGAAGCGGCCUUCUCGAACUUCCGACUCUGGGAAUCCAUUGGCUUCGUCGUGACGUACGCCAGUUCGGCGGCCAUGUGCGCUAAAAUGAAACUCAUUGUUCUGCUCCUUGUGCUUCUGGCCGGAGGCAUUGGCUGGGUGAUUGUGGAGGUUCGCCACAAGCAUCGCGAGGAGAAACUGAAGGCCAUGCACGAGGAGAGCAACGGCAAGAUGAUUGUCCAUCAUCAUCCAGUGCCCACAGAGGAAAGCAACGGACAUGUGGUCUACAGUGAGGAUGAGGAGGAGCGAGACGACGAAGAUGACGAGCUGGAUGAGGACAUCAACGUCCAGGAAGAACCGACUCCCGAAGGCCUGCGAUUCAACUUCUCCAUCAUCAGCUUCACAUCCAUCACAUCCAAUCCGAAGCAUUGAAUUUACAGACAGUGUAUUAUUGAGAUAUUUUUAAUAAAAUUAUUUAUUA